CCUUCUCUGCUACAAAGAAAACACCUUAAACUUCUGAUAUCAAGAAACAAAAAUGGCGUUCAACACGAAGCUACUUUUGGCCAUCUGCUGCGUCGCAUUGGUCUUCACUCUUGUCUCUGCAAACAUUUCCCAAGCAGAGAUCGAUGGCUUCCUCGAGGAGCACAACAAGGCUCGUAAAGAGGUUGGCAACAAACCCCUUAAGUGGAACACAACCUUGGCCCAGUAUGCCCAAGAAUAUGCCAACAAAAGAGUUGACGACUGCGCAAUGGAGCACUCAAGGGGGCGUUGGGGUGAGAACUUGACCUCGGGCGACGGCAUGACUGGCGCAGCUGGCACCAAAUAUUGGGUCACCGAGAAAGAGUUUUAUGACCCCAAGUCCAACAAUGUGUCAAGAGGAUGUGGUCACUACCUUGCUACCAAUUUGAUUGUGGGUUGUAUCAUAACUAGGGACAGUCCUUAG